UUACUGUCUCUCUUGGUUUUCAGAUGUGUUAUAAAAGAACUUGAAUCACUGGGGAAAGCACUGUAUGGAGCAAAAUUAAUUGCCCAGAGAUUCCAUGUUCGAAAGUGUUCUCACCAUAAGCAUCCUGUGAGUGGCUCAACCUGUUUACUUUCCAUGAUUGAAGAUGGCAACUCUCAUCACUUCUUUAUUGCUACACAGGACCAGGACUUAUCAAACAAAGUGAAAAAGAAGCCUGGCAUUCCUCUUCUCUUUAUUAUUCAGAACACUAUGGUUCUGGACAAACCUUCUCCUAAAUCUUUGGCAUUUGUUCAAAAGUUGCAGACAAAUCAGCUUGUUCCAGAGUACCAAAAGCAAAGUAUUGUGGAGCUUAAAGAAAAAGAAGGACUAGUAAAGCAAGAAGGUGAAAAGAGAAGAAAACGCAAAAGGGCAGGCGGCCCAAAUCCUCUCAGCUGUCUGAAGAAGAAAAAGAAGAAAACACAGGAGGGUCAGGAGCCUUCUGCUGAAAAGAAGAAAAGAAGGAAAAGAAAACGAAAUAGAGUUAAAGCAGAAGCCAUGCAGUCAGUGCAGAAAAAUGAAGGAGAAUAAGCCCAUCUUUGUAGACAACACAGAACUUGAACAUUGUUUAAACUUUGAAAAAAAAAGCAAUUAGUAUGCAGUCAUAUGAAAUUGAGUUGUUAAUAUUAAAAUUUAUUUUUAUGAGGUGG